UCAGAUUGCAAAAAGAUUGAUAAAGAGCGCCGUCUCCUGUAGUGUUCCUCGUUCAUAUUUGGAAAAGUGGGAGAAGGAUGAUUCAGAAGAUGACGGCAGAACAGUUGAAGAAUUUACUUUUCAUUUUGGACAUUUCCACCAAUGACUGAAUGACAUUAGGUUGUGGUUGCUCCUGCUGAAAUAAGAGAGCUCAACAAGGAUGAAGAAAAUCAAAGUCGGUCUGAGUGUCCUUCUCAGGAUGAGGGUGCCGUUUCUCCGGAAUUAAAGUGAAGCAGAGCCGGAACAGCUGCUCCAGGAUGCAUCAGUUUGGCUGAUGAUGGACACCGGGAGAGAAGAUUCAGCCUUUUAGUUCAGGCACCUGGAUGAACUGUCGCUAGAAGGAGCCUGGAGUGAAGCCAAAGUAGUGGAGCGUUGCUCCCUGACUGCAGCUCAUUUGCAUCCUCAGAUGAUCGAGCUUUAAGGAUCAACGUCACACGCCUGGACUUCUGUGGCCCUGUGGCGAGUGAGAGCAUGAGUGUAGGAAGGAUCAACCGCUACAGCAUUGUGUCAUCAGAAGAGGAAGGACUCCGCCUCACUACCAUGCAUGGCAUGAACGGCUUUGGCAAUGGCAAAAUUCACACGCGCCGCAAGUGUCGCAAUCGCUUCGUCAAAAAGAAUGGCCAGUGCAAUGUUCAGUUUGCCAACAUGGACGACAAGUCGCAGCGCUACAUGGCUGAUAUCUUCACCACGUGUGUUGACAUUCGCUGGCGAUGGAUGCUGGUGGUCUUUACCCUUGUGUUUGUGGUUUCCUGGUUGGCUUUUGGCUUGGCAUUCUGGGUGAUCGCCUUGCUGCACGGGGAUCUGGACAAUCCAGCCGGAGAUGACAACUUCACACCCUGUGUUUUACAGGUGAAUGGAUUUGUGGCUGCUUUUUUGUUCUCCAUUGAGACACAGUCUACCAUUGGUUAUGGCUACCGCUGUGUAACCGAGGAGUGUCCGGUCGCGGUCUUCAUGGUGGUCUUCCAAUCCAUAGUAGGCUGCAUCAUUGACUGUUUCAUGAUCGGCGCUAUCAUGGCUAAGAUGGCGAGGCCCAAGAAGAGAGCGCAGACACUUUUGUUUAGCCACAAUGCCGUCAUUGCCAUGCGGGACGGAAAGCUGUGCCUCAUGUGGAGGGUCGGAAACCUUCGCAAGAGCCACAUCGUAGAAGCUCACGUGAGGGCGCAGCUUAUAAAACCCCGAAUCACUGACGAGGGAGAGUAUAUCCCCCUGGACCAGAUUGAUAUCAACGUGGGCUUUGACAAGGGUUUGGAUAGGAUUUUUCUAGUUUCCCCGAUCACUAUUCUUCAUGAGAUUGAUGAGGAGAGUCCACUUUUUGGGAUCGGCAAACAGGAUUUGGAAUCGUCAGACUUUGAGAUUGUUGUGAUUUUAGAAGGAAUGGUAGAAGCCACUGCCAUGACCACACAAGCUCGGAGCUCCUACCUGGCCUCGGAGAUUCUUUGGGGUCACCGGUUCGAGCCGGUCUUGUUCGAAGAGAAGAAUGUUUACAAGGUGGAUUACUCUCACUUUCAUAAAACCUACGAGGUCCCGUCCACUCCUCGAUGCAGUGCCAAGGACAUGGUGGAGAACAAGUUCCUAGUGCCCAGUUCAAACGCCUUCUGCUAUGAAAAUGAACUUGCCUUCCUCAAUCGUGACGAGGAAGAGGAGGACGUUGGUGGUGGCAGCAGGGCACUGGCAAACCUCAGUCCAGACCGCAACAGUCGGCAUGAGUUUGAACGCUUACAGGCCACCCGAGCAAUGGACCAGCGAUCCUAUCGUCGAGAGUCCGAAAUAUGACCUUGACAGAGCAAUGCAAAGUGCCAUACAAAAGGUUCAGGACAAUAAAACUAAACAGCAAAAUCGACCAAUCGGAAAGGAAUGGG